AUGGCAGACCAAGCUCAUGCGGAGUCCGCCGCGGCGCAAGCACCUCCUGGUGUCUCUCAGUCGACGCCGGGAACGCAGCAAACCGCAUCGCUCGACCAAAUCCAGAGUAUGUUGAAGGCCAAAGAUGAUACCUCUAGAUUCGUUGGCUUAGCUCUGUUGAAAAGUGUACUCGACAACUCGGAGGAGCUGCGCAACGAUGCAGACACCGUCUCGGGUCUUUGGGAAUCCAUAUCCCCCAAGUUUCUGGACCGGCUGCUGAAGACAGGCUCAUCUACGCAAUCUGGCCAGAAGGACGCAAAAAACAUGCUGGACCUCUCAGUAUCAGUUAUCCAUACUUUUGCUUUGCUUCUGCCAGAUCAAGGGAAAAGAGACAAACGACUUGUUGGAAGAAUGCCUCUUUUGGUGUCCAGUUUGCUACGAAGCUCUGGAGAAACUUCUGAAAUGAUUAUUCAGACCCUUCUCACCAUGGCCGCUUUUCCUGAAGGAGCAAAGGUGUUCUUCGACAUCGAGGAUGUAACUCCCCUAGUUGAGGUCGCCCCAAACAACCCGUCUGCUCUCGAGAUCUUUUCUUUUGCUUGGAUCAACUGCAUGGACAUUGCAGAAGACAGGAUCGUCCUGGAGUCCAAGAUAGACAAGACAAUUCAAGCUCUGGUGUCGACGUUCAACGGCACGGAUGGUGUUACUUUGCUCGAGUUCCUCGGCAAAUUUCUGCGAAAUUCAGAUCCCAAGUCCCUACCAUCGAAUCCAAAGUGGAUCAAAACAUCCACAGACUUCAUCAAGAAACUUCUGGCCAGCCGGCCUACGCCAGAGGCAAGGAACGCCUAUACCAUUGCGGCUGCAUCCUUGCUUGAGGUAUACCCCUCAGAAGCAUCAAAACUCUUGUUCACCAGCGAUGAGAAGGAUGAUAAGCCCUUCUCGUACCUAUUUAUCACUCUCCUCCUCACCGACACCAGAGCCAGCCUUCCCCGCCUCCUUGAGCUUCUCAAUGAUCCCAUCUACCCAGCCAUCGCACAACGGUUGGGCUCGGCCUUUGACGUCACAACGCACUUCAUUGGCUAUCUGAUGAAGAGCCUCGACGAUGAGAGUUCAUCGUCAGCUGCGCUAGUGAUGCCUCCCGACUUUCUACUAAAGAUCCGUCGGACCAUUUCGGAGGCCCUGUCUCUCGCGAUCGAGUUCCUCCGAGACAGGUGGGAUGCGUCCGUGGCAGGCGCCUUUGGCCUACACCCCGAAGCGCGUGCAAAGGAGACCGACACCUCCAUGGGGAAGAGACUGACAAUCUCUUGGGAGUCAAAGAAGAGCAACGUUCACGAGGACCCUCUAAUCCUGGCAGCUGUCAAAGCCCUGGCCAUCUGGCUUCGCGAGGACGAUAACGACUUGCUGAGGAAGGAAGGAGCAGGGCUGACGGACAUGUUCCUCGACCUCUACAAGUCGAGCUCACCGUCAAGUCUCGACUUCCGAUCACCGAUCCUAGUAGGUCUGGAGGGGACGCUGGUCGAGAAGGCUGGGCUGGAGGAGUUCACGACACACAGCGGCUGGGACGUCUUGACCAAAGACCUCGUGGCCAUCCUACAAUCCACAACCACGUCAAGUGACGAAAGCGAAGCCGCGCGCGCCAUCGAGAUUGUCCGCAUCCUUCUGCCGAUCGUGGAGGGCGAGGAAACCGGCUCGAAGGAAGAGUGGAUGGCCCUCGUGACGACUGUAGCCGCCUGGCACGCUCCCGAAGCCAAGCAGCCCGCGCUGGUACAGGAGGCUCACAUCGCGGCUCUCCAGCUCACCACCGCAUUACUGGUGGGUGCUCCGUAUGGUAUGAGGCAGCGCUACGUACACUCCACGAGCGCCGUGCUGGGCAUAGCUGGGCAGCUUGAGAAGUACGUGGGCUCGGAUGACCCGCUGAGGAAGUCCUUUGACGAUGUGCUGCAGACGUUAGAUAGACUUCGCUAG